CGAGGAAGAAGUUGUCCACCUCGCGCUGCCCGGAGCUGCCGGAGAAAACCGAGCGGGAGAGGAUAACGGACUCUACCGAGGAAGCUUCACUUUUUCCCCCGUGAACAAGAGGAGAAUCUGUGAAACUGGAUGGAAAGAAAGCAGUGGGCGGAAAUCCAGGAGGGAGAUAAGCUGCCCACCAUCAUCACCUUGUAGCAGCGCGCGGUGCGACUCCUCGAGCCAGCGUGCAACACCGCUGCACUGGAUUGUGUUUGGGAGCAAACAGGGGAAUGACAUAAAUACACCCAGAGAUGGUUCACUAUCCGCGAGCACCUUCAGAGACACUUUAAACUUUUCUGCCUUAGAACUCUAACUGAAAGGGGAUUACAGAAAGUGCUUCUUCCUCUUCUUCUUCUUCUUCUUCUUAUCAGCAAAGGGAUUAAUUAUGCCGGACCAAAUCACAGUUUCAGAGUUUGUGGCAGAGACGAAUGAAGAUUAUAAAUCGCCGACUGCCUCCAACUUCACCACCAGGAUGUCCCACUGCAGGAACACAGUGACUGCCCUGGAGGAGGCUCUGGACGUGGACCGCAGUGUUCUGUACAAGAUGAAGAAGUCUGUGAAGGCCAUCUACACGUCGGGUCUGGCCCAUGUCGAGAACGAGGAGCAGUACACUCAGGCACUGGAGAAGUUUGGAGAAAACUGCGUGUACAGAGACGAUCCUGAUCUGGGUUCAGCUUUCCUCAAGUUCUCUGUCUUCACCAAGGAGCUCACUGCACUCUUCAAAAACCUGUUCCAAAACAUGAACAACAUCAUCACCUUUCCUCUGGACAGCCUGCUGAAAGGAGACCUGAAGGGAGUCAAAGGGGAUCUGAAAAAGCCUUUUGACAAAGCCUGGAAGGACUACGAAACAAAAGUCACCAAGAUAGAGAAGGAGAAGAAGGAGCACGCCAGACAACACGGGAUGAUCAGGACAGAAAUCAGCGGGGCGGAGAUCGCUGAGGAGAUGGAGAAGGAGAGGAGAUUCUUCCAGUUGCAGAUGUGUGAGUAUCUCCUCAAAGUCAAUGAGAUCAAAAUCAAGAAGGGGGUGGACCUGCUGCAGAACCUCAUCAAGUACUUCCAUGCACAGUGCAAUUUCUUUCAGGAUGGUCUGAAAGCUGUGGACAACUUGAAACCUUCCAUAGAAAAACUGGCCACAGAUCUGCACACGAUAAAGCAGGUGCAGGAUGAGGAGAGGAAACAGCUGACUCAGUUACGAGACGUUCUCAAGUCGGCGCUGCAGGUGGAGCAAAAAGAGGAUUCACAGGUGCGGCAGAGCACCACCUACAGCCUGCACCAGCCGCAGGGUAACAAGGAGCACGGCACAGAGCGCAGCGGGUACCUUUACAAGAAAAGUGACGGGUUGAGAAAAGUGUGGCAGAAGAGAAAAUGCACGGCGAAGAACGGAUACCUCACCAUCUCACACGGCACUGCUAACCGGCCGCCAGCUAAACUCAACCUGCUCACCUGCCAGGUGAAACACAAUCCUGAGGAGAAGAGAAGCUUCGACCUCAUAUCCCAUGACAGAACAUAUCACUUUCAGGCGGAGGACGACCAGGACUGUCAGAUCUGGAUCUCGGUGCUACAGAACAGUAAAGAGGAGGCGUUGAAUCAGGCCUUCAAAGGAGACCAGCAUGUGGGCGAAAACAACAUUGUGCAGGAGCUGACCAAGGCAAUCCUGGGAGAGGUGAAGAGGAUGACCGGAAAUGACGUGUGCUGUGACUGCGGAGCGCCCAACCCGACGUGGCUGUCCACCAACCUGGGCAUCCUCACCUGUAUCGAGUGUUCAGGAAUCCACAGGGAGCUCGGAGUCCACUACUCCAGGAUCCAGUCCCUCACUCUGGACGUCCUCAGCACCUCAGAGCUCUUGCUGGCCAAGAAUGUGGGGAAUGCAGGCUUUAAUGAAAUCAUGGAGGCUUGUUUAAGUGCUGAAAAUGUGGUGAAACCCAACCCUGCCAGUGACAUGCAGGCGAGGAAAGACUUCAUCACAGCCAAAUACACGGAGAAACGAUUCGCCAGGAAGAAAUGUCCCGAUGCGACGUCGCGGCUCCACACGUUGUGUGACGCGGUGAAGGCCCGUGACAUCUUCUCCCUCAUCCAGGUCUACGCCGAGGGAGUCGACCUCAUGGAGCCCAUACCUUUGGCCAACGGACACGAACAAGGGGAGACGGCUCUUCAUCUCGCAGUCAGACUGGUGGAUAGAACGUCUCUUCACAUCGUUGACUUCCUCACUCAGAACAGUUUGAAUUUAGAUAAGCAGACAGCCAAAGGCAGCACAGCGCUGCACUAUUGCUGCCUGACCGACAACAGCGAAUGUCUGAAACUGCUGCUGCGGGGGAAGGCCUCCAUAGACAUCGCUAAUGAGGCCGGGGAGACGCCGCUGGAUAUCGCCCGGAGGCUCAAACACCUACAGUGCGAGGAGCUGUUGAACCAAGCGCUGGCAGGGAAAUUCAACGCCCACGUCCAUGUUGAGUAUGAAUGGUGCCUGCAGCAUGAGGACUUGGAUGAAAGUGAUGAGGAUCUGGAUGAGAAGCCCAGCCCUCAUCGCAGAGACGAGCGUCCGGUCAGCUGCUACACCCCGAGCAGUAACUCCCACCUCCAGGCAAGUCUGGGCACUGCGGGCCGCGACGCCAUCGGCCUCACUAAGGACAAGCAGCGUGCCUACAUGCCCAAUCUGGUCAACAACGAGACCUACGGCACUAUCCUCAACGCCAACCCGUCUCAGCCUGCCACCACCUCUGCUCCGCCCCUGCCCCCGAGAAACCUGGUCCAGUUAUCCGGUCUGGGGGGCAUCGGUCAGUCUUCGGCGUCCAGCAGCUGGAAGCCCGGUUCUUUAGACCUGGUUGGCCGACAGAGGUCGUCCUCAGACCCCCCCAACAUGCACCCUCCUGUCCCCCCAAUGCGACUCACUUCAACCGGAGGUGUGUUACUGUGUGUCCCAGGUCUGGGUCCUCCUGUAGCAAAGAUGGAGGCCAUGAGCAUACAGUCCAAGUCAAGUCAGGGACCACUGGGAUCCAGAGCCACACCAUCUAAAUCUCCUGCAGGCAAUGAUAAAAGUUUCAGCAGACCCCUAAAUCGAACAGUAUCCAUCGAAAGACCAGCUAAGGAAGUGCCAGGAUGCCCCCAGAACUCCAUCGGUCAGUCUCUGCCGCCAGCCCCCACGCCGAGGAAGGCCUUCCCGAAGCAGAGGCCGAAGCGAGUAAAAGCCAUCUACAACUGUGUAGCCGACAACCCGGACGAGCUGACCUUCUCUGAGGGCGAGGUGAUCGUGGUGGACGGAGAGGAGGACCAGGAGUGGUGGCUGGGCCACAUUGAAGGCGAUCCGAUGAGAAGAGGAGCCUUCCCGGUGACAUUCGUACACUUCAUCGCUGACUGAAAGGUUCCUCUAUGGGUCUCAGGAAGCGUCACGGGAUGCAGCGCCCCUCCUUCACACGUCUCUGUCCAAACCAGCCAGCAAAACACCCACCAUCGUCCCAGUGUUUGUUGUCGACAUCAUCUUUAUCAUCAUCAGCGAGCUUCUUAAAGUGUCACUGCUGUACCGCCACCUCGACUGUAUGGGUGCAGAAAGUCUGGGUGUCAUUCCUCGUGGGACUGUACGUGGUUUUAAUGCUUGCUGUUAAUGUUUCUGACAGACUCUUAAGAUUUAAAAACAAUGAUUGUAGUGAAUGACCUCUCGCAAUAAAUGCACUUUGCUUGUCUUUAUCCUCGUUACAAAACAUCAGACGACAUGUGACACAAUGAAGGUUAAAAUGUACAGUAUUCAUUUCAUCCACGUUCUGUUCAGCUGCAUUGUACAGAGAAGACUACAGCAAUGUAUUUUAACUUACUUACAAGUGUAAAUGUGAACACAGUCAAUGCGCUUACGCUCCACCUCUGCGCAUGAGCGAUUUUAAAUGCCUACCUGCUCAUAGGUGCGACCUUUCAUCCCUGGAGGCCUCCUGUGUGGAGGUUGUUCUAAUGGUGCUAAGUGAACCUCAGAAUAUGCUUGAAGCUGUACCCGAGGGAGCGCUUCCCUGUCCCCAUUUCAAGGGCAGACUGGUGUUAAAAGGGGGGCAACAAUAAUAUAAAAAUAGUCUGUCACAGGUGUGAUGAAGCAGCUUCUCCACACACACACUGCCUGUGCUGUCUCAUCAUAGAGGAUAAUAUUCAACACUCCAGUUCUUCCUCACGGUUUUAGGUCUGACGCUGACUGCAGCCAGAAAUUACAUUCAUGCUGAGUCUGACACCUAGGGCUGUCUUCGCCUGUCAUCUGCCUUAUUAGAGGAACAGGAAGUGUUUGUGUGUGUCGUCUGCACAGAAUAAGCUGAGAAUGAAAGAAUAUUGAAGUAAAGAGAGUGUAAUGAAAAGCAGGAGUUAGCUCUCUUUUGUCGUUUCCUCUUUUUUUUGCUCACAAAUGAGCUGAUUUAGUCUCUAUCUUUAAGGAAAUUUCCUUCCUACAGCUUAAGCCUCUCAUAUCUGUGCAUCUCCGGGGUCCCAUGAUGUAGAAAGAUGAGUUUAUCAAUAGUGUUAUGGAAUAAAUAUCAAACAUUCAAUGUAAUUAACUUCGUUUUUGGUUGCAGAGCAACUUUCUCUCUGUUCAUAGUGUUGAUAUUUAGGCAUUUAACCUGAAACCGGAGCCUUCCGUGGGUUUGUGAAUGACGAGAAGAGAAGCAUGUGAAUCGUAGCUCUCUUCAUCACUGGAAACAGGAAGAUUUAAUAAUCUAUUCAUGUAAAUAGAUUUGAUUUUGUUGAUAUUUAUAUGUUAAAAAAGAAAAGAGUUGACCUGGGCAGUGAAUGUCUUCUAAUGCGCUGUGGUGAGGAGCAGAUGCAACCUCAGCUGGACCUGUGUGUGUGUGUGUGUGUGUGUGUGUGUGUGUGUGU